AUGCAGCGCGAUAUGUUGCUGAUAGAUGACGUUCUUAGGCGAUCGGAUCUCCGCGUGUUCUCGUAUCCGGAGUUAAAAUCUGCAACUAAGGGGUUCUCGAACGAUUUGCUUCUAGGAGCCGGCGGGUUCGGGAAGGUCUUUAAAGGGGUAUUGAAGCCGGGAAGCUCGCAAGGUUCGGGAGCGGCAAACACGGCGGCAAGCGCGGCGGGCAACGCGCUGGAAAGCGCCGCAGCGGCGGUUUCGGGGGUAUCGGGGGGAUCACCAAGAGGAGGAGGCGCUGCUGUGGGGAUGGUUAACGGCGGAGGGGUGGGGGAAUCGCGAAGGGCGCUGCAACAAGAGGUGGCGAUUAAAAAGCUGGACGCGAAGAGCCUUCAGGGUCACAAGGAGUGGAUGGUGGAAGUCCGGCUGCUCGGCCUAAUCGACCACCCCAACCUCGUCAAGCUGCUUGGCUUCUGUGCCGAGGGCCACCGCCGCCUGCUCGUCUACGAAUACCUCCCCAACUCCUCCCUCGACCGGCACCUCUUUGCACCGCUCUCCACCACUGCCGCUGCUGCGGCUACUAACAACGCUAACAACCACCAUCAGCAGCACGGUAAACACCACCGGAGCGGCAGCAGUCACAAUCACAACGUGCAUGCGUCGUCCGCAUCUGCCUCCUCACACUCCUCCCACUCGCACUCGUCGAAAAAAGCAGCGGCGGCUGCAGCGGCGGCGGUGCUGCCGCCAUUGGACUGGGCGACGAGGCUCAAGGUGGCGCUGGGGACUGCGAGAGGGCUGGCUCACCUGCAUGAGGAGUGCGCGAGUGCAAGGCUCGCCUCGCCCCACUCGCACUCUACAAAGAAAGCGGCAGCAGCAGCAGAGGCGGUGCUGCCGCCAUUGGACUGGGCGACGAGGCUCAAGGUGGCGCUGGGGACUGCGAGAGGGCUGGCUCACCUGCAUGAGGAGGUGCAGAUCCCGAUCAUCUACCGUGAUUUCAAGACAUCCAACGUGCUUCUAGACGCAGACUUCUGCCCCAAGCUGUCUGACUUUGGGCUGGCAAGGGAAGGGCCCAUGGGGGAAGAGACACACGUGUCAACACAGAGUGCUUCAGAAGUCCAUUUCUGCCCCAAGCUCUCUGACUUUGGGCUGGCAAGGGAAGGGCCCAUGGGGGAGGAGACACACGUGCUCGCGAGGGAAGGGCCCAUGGGAGACGAGACACACGUGUCAACGCAGGUGCGCGGCACGGCAGGGUAUGCAGCUCCCGAGUACAUGAUGACAGGCCGUCUAACACCGAAGAAUGACGUGUGGGCGUUUGGAGUCGUGCUUCUAGAGCUGCUCACAGGACGGCCCUCCAUCGAUCAGCGCCGACCGCCACCGGAAGUCAAUAUAGUUCAAUUUGCGCGGCCGUACCUACACAAUAGCGCGGAUUUGUCCAAGAUUAUGGAUCCUAGGCUCGGGGAUAAGUACCCGAAGCAAGCAGCUGCAAAGGUGGCGGAGUUGGCGAGAUGGUGCCUGGUGAAUGACCCGUUCAAGAGGCCAAUUAUGAGUGAGGUUGUGCAGAAACCGCCUUCUUCCUGUCUUCACAUCCAUCCACCUCAGCCUCCCCCACGUGCCGCCAUGGCCACUAUCUCCAUGAGCAUGACCCCUAUGGUCCUGGCGGCCAAGGGCAAGGAGGAGCAGGGUUCCUUCAUGGACUGGCUCGAUAACGCAACUGUGAAGCGGGUGUCGUGGACCGAGACUGACUCCAACCUCGUGAACCUUAAGGAGGGUAAGGGUUCCAGGCCUGGGACGCAGUCCAAGUCUGCGAAGAAGACGACUGAGAGCGUAAGUUUCGUUUAUGAUGUCGUGCUUGCUUCCUCCAUUCGCGUUAUCAUGCUGUUUGUUCUUUGGCUCUCGGACGUGCCUAAGUUAUUUGGAUUCCGGUCUUUUGUAUUGUGUGAGCAGAAGCCCUUCUGGAAGAAGUAA